GACUCACUGCUCUGCUCUUCCACCUGCUCACAAAAGCCAGUGGGUUCUGGAUCCAGCCGGGCCCCAGCCUCAAGGGACAGGCCAGCCCUCAACAUCCCACGGCCCUCUGAGCCUAUAAGGUGCUCUCUCAGGUGGGCCUGAGGGGCCUGGCGCUGCAGGAUGGAGGUGUCCUCUGAGCCCCUGCAGCAAGGCAGGGGGCUGGUGCUGGUCCGACGGCAGCCCCCGACGCCCCAGGGUCUGCACAAAACACUGAAGGCCAGGCUGCUGCGGAGCUGCAUGUGCAGCCUGCCGCGAGCCAGGGCACUGGUGCAGGACCUGGUCCCUGCCACGCGCUGGCUGCGCCAGUACCGCCCGCAGGAGUACCUGGCAGGUGACAUCAUGUCAGGUCUAGUCAUUGGCAUCAUCCUGGUGCCACAGGCCAUUGCCUACUCGCUGCUAGCCGGGCUGCAGCCCAUCUACAGCCUGUACACGUCCUUCUUCGCCAACCUCAUCUACUUCCUCAUGGGCACCUCGCGCCACGUCUCUGUGGGCAUCUUCAGUCUGCUCUGCCUCAUGGUGGGGCAGGUCGUUGACCGCGAGCUCCAGCUGGCUGGCUUCGACCCCUCCCAGGACAGCCCGGGGCCCAGAGCCAAUGGCAGCGACCUCAACAACUCAGCUACCACGCUGGUGCUUGGGCCACCUGACUGCGGGCGGGACUGCUACGCCAUCCGCGUCGCCACUGCCCUCACGCUGGUGGCUGGGGUUUACCAGGUCCUUAUGGGCGUCCUCCAGCUGGGCUUCGUGUCCGCCUACCUCUCGCAGCCGCUGCUCGACGGCUUUGCCAUGGGGGCCUCCGUGACCAUCCUGACCUCGCAGCUCAGGCACCUGCUGGGCGUGCGGAUGCCUCGGCACCAGGGGCCGGGCAUGGUGGUCAGCACGUGGCUAAGCCUGCUGCGCAGCGCCAGCCAGGCCAACGUGUGCGAUGUGGUCACCAGCACCGUGUGUCUGGCAGUGCUGCUGGCUGCUAAGGAGGUCUCAGACCGCUGCCGGCACCGCCUGAGGGUACCGCUGCCCACAGAACUUCUGGUCAUCGUGGUGGCCACACUUGUGUCCCACUUUGGGCAGCUCCACGAGCGCUUUGGCUCAAGCGUGGCUGGCAACAUCCCCACUGGCUUUGUGGCUCCACGGGUGCCAGACCCAGAGCUGAUGCAGCGUGUGGCCCUGGACGCCGUGGCCCUGGCCCUCGUCGGCUCGGCCUUCUCCAUCUCACUGGCAGAGAUGUUUGCCCACAACCAUGGCUACUCCAUCCGCGCUAACCAGGAGCUGCUGGCCGUGGGCUGCUGCAACGUGCUGCCUGCUUUCUUCCACUGCUUUGCCACCAGUGCUGCUCUUGCCAAGAGCCUGGUGAAGACCUCCACCGGCUGCCGGACGCAGCUGUCCAGCGUGGUCAGUGCCGCUGUGGUGCUGCUGGUGCUGCUGGUGCUGGCACCACUGUUCCAGGACCUGCAGCGGAGCGUCCUGGCGUGCGUCAUUGUCGUCAGCCUGCGUGGGGCCCUGCGCAAGGUGAGGGAUCUCCCUCGGCUGUGGCGGCUGAGCCCAGCUGACGCGCUGGUCUGGAUGGGCACUGCGGCCACCUGUGUGCUGGUCAGCACUGAGGCCGGGCUGCUGGCCGGCGUGAUCCUCUCGCUGCUCAGCCUGGUGGGCCGUACACAGCGCCCACAUGCCGCCUUGCUCGCCCGCAUCGGGGACUCGGCCUUCUAUGAGGAUGCCACAGAAUUUGAGGGCCUCAUCCCCGAGCCCAGGGUCCAGGUGUUCCGCUUCUCAGGGCCACUCUACUAUGCCAACAAGGACUUCUUCCUGCAGUCCCUCUACAGCCUCACGGGGCUAGACGCAGGGCGCUUGGCCGCCAGAAGGAAGGAACAGGGCUCAGAGGCGAAGGCUGCCGAAAGAGACCCUGUCGAGAGCAAAGAUGGCUCCGGGAGCAGCACGGCCGCGCUGGUGCCCACAGUGGUUGGCUUCCACACGGUGGUCAUUGACUGUGCCCCACUGCUGUUCCUGGACACGACUGGCAUGGCCACACUGCAGGGUCUGCGCCAAGACUAUGAGGCCCUGGGCAUCAGCCUGCUCCUGGCCUGUUGUAGCCCCCCAGUGAGGGAUGCUCUGGGGAGAGGUGGCUUCCUCAGGGAGGACGAGGGGGACAUGGCUGAGGAGGAACAGCUGUUCCACAGUGUGCACAGUGCCGUUUUGGCGGCACGAGCCCGCCGUGGGGAGCUGGUGGCUGCCGACUCCACCCUCUAGCAGGGCCAGGGCCUGCUCACUACUCCCUCCUGGGAGCCUGCAGUGCAGAUCUGCAGCCAUCGCUGAGAUCCUUCCCGGGGAGCGAUGCCAAGGGCUGGAGUCAUCAGAGAGGUGCACUCUUGCACCACCUCUGCCCUGGGAAACCAGGGAACCCCAACUGGGGAAGGGGAAAGGGGCACUCUGAUCACACACAAGGACCCCAGACACUCAAUAGUCAAGAUCCUUCACCUUUGAGACAAGCGCUGCCCCCAGGAUGCCAGCUUGGCCAUGAUGCCAGCCACCCAUGAAGUCCCUCGGCCUGAGCCCAGAAGUGCUGUGCCUGACCUGACACUCUGUGUCACUGUUUUAUUUGAACAAAGGCCCCUGCAAAUCAUGCAGGCUCCAAGGUGCCAAAAGGACACACUAUCCCAGGGCUUGGCCAGCCUCUGCCCCACGGGGUAGAGGCUGCCGACUCUGGCCAAGGGCAUGAGGAGCUCUAUGUUUCUCUAAGCCCUCCACACCCAAGUGCCCGGCCCCCUCUCCUGCCCUGUGCCUCAGCCUCAGGGUGACAGCCUGCUCCAGGGAAGGAGGUCCAGUGUCAGGGCCAAAGGUGGUGUGAGCAACAGAACCUCAGCCCAGCACUCAGGCCUGGCACACAAAGCCACAUGCCACACAACACCAAGCAGGCCUGAACCUCCAAGGUGAUCUCCAGGGGGAAGCCAGCUGUGCCCCAUUUAGCAGUUGUCCCCAGCACACACUGCCCCACAGGCCCCCCUGGAGCACAGCCAGUGAGAAUGUCCUCCCACCCCCCUCCCCAACAGGAUGCUGUGACAGGAAGUGUAAGGGCAAUGGGUCUUCCAAGCAGCAGCCCCAGCCCCACACUGUCCGACACAGCAUGAGGCCAGUCUGGCUUCCUCACUUGGCCUCGCCAUCUUUUCUGUAAGGCAGACUCUGGCCAGCUGCCCCAGGAGGCCCACCCCUACACCACCCACCUGGCUGUGACGAGGUCCAGCAGCCAGUGAGUCCGAACCUGCUCAAUGCCUCUGUGAGGGACAGCACCCACGUAGGCGAGGUUGAGCUGCUGGUCCCAGCUGAGGACGUACUGGUCAGCCUGGUUGUGUGGCAGCGGGGGACUGGGAACAGAAGGGGUGGCUGUGUUAGUCCUGAGCCUUGGGCCCUGCCCAGCAGUACAGCCUCUCUACACAUCUGGCUCCUAUAAAUCCAGGACCCAUGACCGGUGUGGGCUCCAGGUGAUGGAUUGGUGCUUGUCCACUCAGUGAAUAAUAAAAUGACCCUAAUGCCAGGAA